AUGGAUGUUCUGGCUCACUGCCGCGUGUAUCCUCUUUCUAACUUUUACAAACCCGUUAAUCAAUUCGUUAGUUUGCCGCAAAAUACUGUAAAAGGAACUUUGUUCUGCAAGGAAAUUGCGUUUCUACAUGUGAUAGAGCAUGAUUUUAAGCUUUCCACUUUCAAGAAACAACUAUAUUUGAAUUGCAAGUCGAAUGGAAACUCAACAAUAUUGCUAAUCGACAUUUUAUCUGCGUGGAAAGAGUUUAUCAAUAGCACAAAUGAUGAGCUGUUUGUGAUGAAUUCGCUCUCAAUAAUGACGAUGGAUGGCUUAGUAAAUUUCCUCCUGCAUUUGAACGAAUCACCACUUUAUGCGUUGAAAAGGUGUCAAAAACGUGAUUCGUUUGACAAACAACUCAGCGGUAUUAUCAUUGACAAUAUAUCUUAUUUUGCUCACGAUCCUACAUCGUAUGGUUUGCUGCUAAAGGUGCUGAAGCUACUACGCAAAACAUUUGGCUGUUGGAUUAUAACGAUAAGUUAUGGACUCGAAUAUUACAAUGGUGUAGAAAAUGCAACUUCGCAACUUUACAAGGGUGGCUCACAAACGAAAAUUCCCACAGGUUAUAUCAACGAAAUGGAUGUUGUCUUGAUUAGAGAUACCGAUUCAUCUGCAAGAAUAAGCUCUUCGACCACCUGA